CACACGCCCAUUCGAACCCGUCGCAUCUUCUGUCCACGUCGCUCCUCCGCCAUGGCGACGCUGCCCGCGCUGGAGCUCCACGACCCGCAGCUGGCGCCAAAGCUCUUGGCCGCCAUCGCGGACGACGGGCCAGGUUUCUUCUACCUGAAGUUCCCUUCCGUGGACGCCUUGGACUUGGCCGAGCGGACGCUGGAGCUCUCGCGGCGCUUCUUCCAAUUGCCCAGCUGCGACAAGGUGCUCUUGAAGAACGAUGAAGAGUCGUGCUAUUGGGUGGAGGAGCCCGGUGCCGCGCCGGUGUGCAUCCCCUCCACCGGCCCCGGCUACCGCGGCGUCAGCGGCGACUGCAACUUCGCCGGCGACCGCCGCGAGUCCUUCAACCUGGGCCGCGCCGGUGGAAGUUCGGCCAGUCCGGAGGGUGCCAUUCGGUGCGGUAUGGGUGAGAACCUCUGGCCCGAGAUGGGUGGAUGGUGUGAAGACUUUAGGAGGAGCAGCGAGGCCUACUUCGAGCUUUGCUUCGCCACGGCGACCGCGCUGCGCCGGGCACUGGCCCGGCCCGAGUGCCUGGGGCCAUAUCUCAGCGCCGGUGCGGCGGAGGAGGCCUUUGAGCGUUCGACGAGCUUGCAUCUCGGAGGUGAGAGAGAGGAGCGACAGGCUUGGCUUCACCCACUACAACUACGAAGACUUCAGACCCGAGAGCGGCUACGCCGCGCCCGGCGAUGGCGCGCUGGAAGAAACGCAGGUCUUUGGGAUCCGCCCACAUCAGGACGAUGGCCUGUGCACCUUGUUGUACACAGACGGCCAGCCGGGCCUCGAGUACGCCAAGGGCCGCACCGACUCCGCAAGGUCCCGUACAACGACGGAACCGCUGUUCUCGGGGGAGUUCUGCCGCACGGACGCGCAGUUCUCGGAGGAGAUUUUGUGGGAACCCGUUCCCUUCCUGCCGGGCUACUGGAUUGUCAACCUGGGCACGGAUCUCUACCGCUGGGCCCAGCAGAGCUCUUUGGCAGCUCCGGGACGUGUGAGGAAGUGCAAGGCUACACUCCACCGCGUGGUGCCGCGCGCGAGGACCAAAGAGCGCUACUCCAUGCCCUUCUUCUACGAGCCCAACCUGGACGCACAGGACCCCUGCGAGCCCUUCAAGAAGAGGUAUCAGUACUUGAUUGCAGAUGCCGACCAGUCGCACCCGACAGCCGAACGACCUUUGGGCCUCUUGGCGUGUGUGAUGAGCUCGGCGGUCGGGCGCGUGAGGGACGAGGACCAGAUGGAUCCAGUCGACCGGGCCCAGGUGAUUGUGGACAAGAAGGUCUAUGACAUCACCAACUGGCAUGCUUUUCAUCCUGGCGGGUCAUCCCUCCUCUUGAAAUACGGCGGCAAAGAUGCCACCGAAGCCAGUCAUGAUGCGCAUAGCCUUCUAAAGAAGCCCAUGAGCAUCAUGCCCCGGUACUUCAUCGGCAUGCUGGGCAGUGAAGAGGAGGUGAAGGCCGAGGAGGAACGACAAGUUCGAGAACUCUUGGUGGCCUCCGCGAAGAAGGCGAAGGACGCCGGCGCGAUCUCGACUUCGCCGGUGAAGGUGCCAAAGACCGCGGUGGAGAGCCCGGUGGUAGAGGCGAAGGCACCCACCCCAGCGGACGUUGCAUCGGUUCCACAGCCGAAGGCGAAGAGGGACUCCAACUAUGCCAAGGCGACCUAUACCUUGCUCUUGGAGCGCAUGGCCGCAGACCGUCAGGCGGUGGAGUCGAUGAUCUCGCGGGUGAAAGCCUCCGCGGGGAAGACCGCCGCACGGGUCACCGGCCGAGGAGCUGCCAGAGGUGUCUCCACGACUGAAGCACCAGAGCUGGGUGGCAAAGAUGAGAAGGAGGGAUCACAAGAAGAAAAGAUCAUCGUCAGGACGACGGAACCAACAGCAGCAGAGAAGGCGGAGAUCGUCGCCCGAGCAGCUGCUGAAAAAGCGGCCCGUGAACGAGCAGCUGCUGAGAAGAAUGCACAGCUAGCCGGAAUGUCUGCCGCUGAUAGAGCUGCUGCUGAAAAAGCAGCCGUUGAUCGCGUAGUAGCCGACAAGAAGGCUGCAGCUGAAAAAGCAGAAGCUGAGAAGAAAGCAGCCGCUGAGAAAGCAGAAGCUGAGAAGAAGGCGGCUGCGCAAAAAGCAGAAGCUGAGAAGAAAGCUGCCGCUCAAAAAGCGGAAGCCGAAAAGAAAGCAGCUGCUGAGAAAGCAGAAACUGAGAAGAAGGCUGCCGCUCAAAAAGCGGAAGCCGAAAAGAAAGCAGCUGCUGAGAAAGCAGAAACUGAGAAGAAGGCUGCCACUCAAAAAGCGGAAGCCGAAAAGAAAGCAGCUGCUGAGAAAGCAGAAGCUGAAAAGAAGGCGGCUGCUGAGAAAGCAGAAGCUGAGAAGGCAGCUGCUGAAAAGGCCGCGGCCGAAAAGAAAGCGGCAGAAAAGGCUGCGGCCGAAAAGAAAGCGGCAGAAGAGAAGCAGAAGGCCGCGAACAAAGCGGCGCUGCAGAAAGCUGCUGCUGAAAAGGCCUUGGCUGAGAAAGCAGUUGCUGAAAAGGCAUUAGCUGAAAUGAAGGCCGCCAAGGAGGAGGCCGAACGCGCUGCGGCCGAGAUGAAGGCUCAGGCGGAGCUGCUGCAGCGUGAGAAGGAGGCGGCAGAGAAGAAGGCGGAGAAGGAACGGAAGGCUAAGCAGCAGCAAGAGGUCAAGCAGAAGAAGCUGCAGAUCGUGUUCCGAUCGCCUGACGGAAAGGAACGAAAGACCGUGACCUUCACAAAGAGGCCGCUGGGGGUCUCCUGCAACAUGGAGCAGAUGCCCAUCGUGGUGGGUGAACGACCCCAAGGGGUCGCCUACGACGCGGGCGUGCGCGAGGGAUGGGUGCUGUGCCAAGUGGGUACGGACCCCUCGAACAUGCGGAACUUCCCCCAGUCAGCGGACGAGCCCUACGCCCAAGUGCAGGAGACUUUCAAAUUCCUGGGGGCACUCAGCAAGGAGCUCCCUCAGGUGCUAUAG